GGCGAUUAUUGUAAUACCUGUUCGCCGGUAUACAAGAGGAGCGCGGUGCAACCCGUGUUUGCUGGUAUACAGGGGAAUUAGUUGCAUUCUGUGCCGAUCUACGGGAACUCAUUGUGGAGUAGCCCCCCACCAUGGAUGACAGGCAUACAACUUCCAAGACUCAACUGGCGCUCGAGGACCCUGUCGCCUCCAAGUCGCCCAGUAAGAUUCCCCUCAUUUUGCUCGGGAUCUUCGCUGCUGCCACCUUCGCCCUAAUGAUCACCACAAUUGUUUUUGCACUGCAAAAGAACGACAUUGCCGCCAAACUGGACGCACUGAAGGCAAACAAACCACCGGUGCCCGUGGAUCGGGAGACGUGCACGACGAAGCAAUGCUAUGACUCCGCAUAUGCAUACCUGAGCAGUAUGAAUCAGAGCAAGAAUCCAUGCGAUAAUUUCUUCGAGUACGCCUGCGGUGGCUGGGUCCAGCGUUACGCCGAGCUGAACCGGACUAGAUUCUCUACCUUCUCUAAACUGAGAGACGAGUUGUCGCAAAGACUCAAAGUUAUAUUUGAACGGAGUCCCGUUGCCGGCGAACCCUCGUCAUAUCACAUCGUGAGGAACGACUACCAGUCUUGCGAAGAUCUGGACACCAUCAACGAGUUGGGCGCCAAACCUCUGACGGACGUGCUGACUUCGCUGGGCGGCUGGCCGGUGCUGGGGUCUACCCCUGCCGGCGGUAACUGGAACGCCACCGAAUUCGACUUCGAGAAACUCUGGGCCGCCCUCAGGGGCACAUACGACGUGCAGUUGAUUGUGAAAACGGGCAUCAUGCCCGAUGUUAACAACAUGACCAAGUACAAGUUGGCUGCGGCAGAUCCUGAUUUCAUGGUACCAAAUGACGACAUCGAGAAGAAGCACAUGCGGGGUGUGAAGACUCUGAUUGACGAACCAGACCAUUCUGAGGGUUUUGCGGUGAAGAUUCUUUUGGAUGAGAAUUAUGCGAAGGAGAGGAAAGCGUACCUCCAGUACCUGAUCGACAUUGCCGUGGCUCUGGGGGCAGACGAGACAGUAGCGAAGGAGGAUAUGACGAACCUCAUCGAGUUCGAGUCGUAUAUGGCUAAUUUGACUGUGUUGCAUCCAGACGCUGGUCCCAUUGAAAACACUCUCAAGGAAAUUGGAAUGGAUGUGAUCGACUGGACACGUUUCUAUCAACUAAUGUUGCCGGCAAGUGUCGACCCAGGAGUAACAGACGACGAGCCCAUCGUCAACUACAAGCCAGACUACAUCGGCAACGUCACCAUGUGGCUUGAAGACCAAGACAUCAGGGUCAAGGCCAACUACAUGAUCUGGCGUCUGGUGAGUCGGAUGAUCCCCUUCGUGAGCGAGACUUUCCUCGCCAUCCGGCAGAAGUACCAAGAGGCAGUGGACGGCACGUCGACUCCCAUGGCUCGCUGGCAGACAUGCGCCAACAACGCCAAUGAGCAGUACGAGUUUAUCAGCGGUAGGAUGUACGUGGAUGACCACUUCCCUGAGGAUGCUAAACAGAAGACGCUUGAAAUGAUCCGCGAUUUGCAGACGGCGUUCAAGUCCAUGCUGAAAACAAAUGACUGGCUGCAGGAGGCAGACAAGGGCGUGGCCGCUGAAAAGGCAGAUGCUAUGGACAUCGCAAUUGGUUACCCAGAAUGGAUUAAAGACAACGCUAAGCUAGAUGCGAAGUAUGCCGAUCUGACUGCCAAGGACGACGAGUAUUUCCAGAAUAGCCUGAGCUACCGCGAGUGGACAUCCCAGGGUGACUUGGCGCUCUUACGUGAAGACGUGAACGAAGAUGAUACGCUGUGGUCUAUCAUUGGACCGGCCGUCGUCAAUGCUUUCUACCAUCCAUACAGAAAUGGAAUUUUGUUCCCGGCUGCCAUUCUCCAACCGCCUUUCUACCACAAGGAUCUUCCCUGGUACUCCAAUUAUGGUGGCAUCGGUGUCGUCAUCGGGCAUGAGAUAACCCACGGUUUUGACAACAUAGGGAGACUGUUCGACAAAGACGGCAACCAUAGAGUCUGGUGGAGUCAAGCGUCCAUCGGCAAUUUCACGGAGAGGGCGCAGUGUAUCAUCGACCAGUACUCUGGCUUCGUCAUGCCGCAAAACAACAGAAACCUGAACGGAGAGCAGACGCAGGGUGAAAACAUUGCUGACAACGGAGGCCUGAGAGAGGCUUACAAGGCCUACAUGGACAACAUGCCCAAGCAACCUCGUCUCCCCGGCAUCGACUUCACCGAAGAGCAGAUGUUCUUCCUGUCAUAUUCCCAGAUUUGGUGCAGUGUGUUCACACCAGAGGCAGCGGAUGACUACAUCGAAACUAAUGUGCACAGUCCUGGCCGAUACAGAACCAUCGGUGCGCUUCAAAACAACGAGGCGUUCAACGCUGCAUUCAGCUGUCCGGCUGGAAGCUACAUGAACCCGGACCUCAAAUGCAGAGUCUGGUAGCCUAUUACUUCCUCCAACAAUAGAUCUUAUGCUUUAGCGGCCAUCUUAGAGGGCAUCAUUUGUCAUAACAAUGAAUGCACGAAAGGUUCGUUCAUGCAAAUUGCUGCAGCAAAACAAAGCCAUUGCCCUCUGCUACGCAAAAGGUCUAUCGUGGUGAAGUGUUCAUCGUAUCUUAAUAUUCUAUUCUCCAUUUGCAAAACAUCAAAAUUGAAGAGCAAAUUACAACUUAACUGUGACCAUAUUCUUGAUUGGGGUUGAAACUUUAAUUUUUAUUUUCCGGUUAAUUUACUGGUAACCGUGUUCAUAACACGAACAGUGUGGACGGAACAAAGUACGUCUAGAAAUGUUCUUCUGUCAAAUUGUUUUUAUUUGAUUUUAAGCAUAGGGCUUAUAGUAUCAUUUGCAUUUAUCCCUUUUACCCAGUAAAUGGCGUCUUUAAAACAUCUUCCGAAGGUUAAAAAUGUGUUAGAUUUGUCGCUGUCAUCAUUUCCUAAUGAUACAGAUUUUUAUAUUUUUAUUUUGUUUUAUAUAUAUAUUAUAUAUAUAUAUAUUGAAUUUUGUAUUCCUCCUGAUAAUUGUUGUCUUUGUCUAAAAUUGAAAAAUAGAUAAUAGUCAUGUCUACAUAUUAAAGAGAAGAUACAACAUUUGCAAACAUAAAAAAAA